AUGACUAAAUACAUACUUGAGCGUUUUCAAAAACAUCCUAAUGUUUCUCGAGUAAUAGAAGGUAGCAUAGCUGUUAUCUGUAUUUGUAGAAAGCAAAUUACUUUUAAGUCAAAAUAUAAUGAAACAUAUCUUGAUUCUCAUGCUAAUGGACCAGGAUGCAAUCGGUCUAGUAGAACACAUACAAAAAUCUAUGAACAAAA